AUCUGUUUCUGUAGAUUUUAGAAAUUUCUUUAAUGGGUAACUGAUCUUACAACACCUUGCAUCCGAGGAUGUGCACUUUCCCUGUUACUAGGAGUUGUUCAGAUUUCAUUUGAUAACUCAAAGCAAUUAAUGUUUGUUGGAUCCUUGUUAGGAAAAUGUUUCAGGCAAUUUUCCAGAUUUUGAAGGAUGAGAAGUCGCUGGAAUUGAUAAUGGCAAGCUAUCAGCUAUUAAACGAGUUAUAUAAGCAUUUUCCUUGGGUGUAUGUACCCAAAACGAAAAAAUCAGAAUCACCUCCGGCUUCAACAGAGCAGCUUGAACUUCUUGUGGUUGAAGAGGCUUGGUCUCCAUUUAAUUUUGGAACAGAUUAUGCUUCUGGUGAAAAAGAGGAAGCCAUUAAGAACUGUAGCGGAUCACUUGAUCCCUCUGGUUUUCAUCUUCUGAUACAAGAUCUUGCUCAAGUAGCUGAGAAAGAAAAGUCUGAAGCACUAGCAACAAAGGCUCUUGGAGCUUUCCUGGUGCGCAGCCUUGGCAGGUGGCAGCCAAUUAUACGGCCUCUGUUAGGAAUGCCUUUUUCUCCAAAGUGUUAUGUGGAAAUUAUUGUUCUUCACUUCUAUUGCAUUCUGAAAAAUGGUGAUUCACAAAUCGUGCACCAACUUGAGGAGUGUUUUGAUGAGGAUGAUUAGUUUCAUUGCAUAUUUAGUCGCAUGAAGUCAUUAUUUAACAACAUUAAUACAUCCUUGGACAUAAGUUGAUUGUCUUAAGUACUAACAAUCCAGCAACCACCUCUUGCCAAGAACCAGAGAAGAAUAAACCGGCAUAGUUAUGCCAAAAGGAACUCUGUUUUCCUAUGUUUUUUUUUUAAUUAGGUCCUUACAUUUUGUUCAACUGCUUUACUCAUUCACUCUGUCCUUGCCAUUUUCUACAAUUUGUUAUACACUGUGGCAUUUUUGACUUGAGUAGCAGCAUUUGAUGUUCAUGCUGCAAUAUGCGGUGGAUUAUGCCUUGGACUGGGGCUGCCUUGUUUGAGGAUGAUCAAACAUUAUAAUUUUUAGUAUUGGAACUGCUUUUCUGGAUUUGUCAUGUUAGUUAAUAACUUAAUCUGUGAAGUUCUUUUCUCAGUUUUUAAUAUUAGUUUUACUAAAUUUGUGCAUGAAUCCCUGAACUUGUUAUGAAUCCUCAUCUAGAUUUUGUCGCAAAAUUUGAAGCAGUUCAACCUCUCUGGUCAUGGAUUUCACUGUCUGGCCAUUCUUUCAAGACUAAUUGCAGAGUUGUUUGCAUAUACAUGUCUGAUUGAUGGACUGUUCCGUAUAGUGCUGAUUUCUGGUGCUCAUAUGGAUUUGUUAGUAUUCUAAAGUUUCUAUUGUUUAUUCUUCAGUUAUUCCCUCUUCAAUGUUUCAAGUACCUGUUGAUGGAGAAAUUCUGAAUUAUAUUCUUACUGCAUUUCUUUCUGGUGCUUAUAUGGAUUUGUUAGUAAUUUAAAACUUUUAUAGAUUAUGAUUCACUCACUACCUCUUCAUUGUGACUAGUACUUAUUCAUGG